AUGCAGCCUGAAUUCCAGGUCGAGGAUGAGGUGGUAUUUCAAUGGGAAGGGCCAUCGAGGAUUGUGAACCUGGUCAAUGUGGCAACGGAACCGAAAGUCGGUGUAAAGGUCUUCAAACGACCUUCCUCAAGCGGCCAUGUCCUGAGAAUGCAUCGGUCACAUCGAAAGGUUGAUCAGCUUGACGUUAUCGCCGACGUGGAUGUGAAAUCCGGCCAGAUUGGCCAAAGCGGAGAGAGGACGGGGGCGGCCGAGUUCGCGGCUCACUAG